UGUCAUGAAUUUUGGCAAACAAACCAAAUAUUUUUUUGUAAAAUAAACUUUAUCUACACUUUGAAGAAGAGGAAAAGAAACUCGGUUAAUCUGAAAUAACACAUUAUCAUUUAUUACAAAGUUAACCACGGCGUCAGACGUUGUCUAAAAGCAGUCCGACAAAUGUAAACGCAACCUAACAACAACCUUGAAAUCGUGUAAACACUUUAAAAUUACAUAAUAUAAUCUAAUACCAGUAAUCAUGAGUGCCAUGGGGAUAAACGCGCGCGUUCUCAAAACUGCGCAUUUGUUAGCAACAGGCCAAGCGAAGCACACAUUUCAGAGUAAAAGAACUUUUGCUGUAACAAAUAAUUUAAACAUGAAGUUUGUUCAAUUUACGUAUCCUUCGAACCCGAAUGAGAUUCGGGUGGGAUAUUUAGAAGGGGAUAAAGUUGUAGAUAUUAAUAAGGCUGACUCAUUGAUGCCUUCUACGAUGUUAGGAGUGCUAAACUAUGAACAUUGCAAUAGGGUAUUUGGAUUUCCAACGCAUAAGCCUCCCUCGGUACCGGUUUCCGAAGUUACUCUCAAGGCACCAAUCACAGGAGUUGACAAGAUCCUAUGUGUAGCUUUAAACUAUGCUGACCAUUGUAAGGAGCAGAAUUUACAAGAACCCAAAAUACCAAUUAUAUUCAGCAAGUAUGCUAGAACGAUUAUUGGACCGAAUGAGUCUGUGAAAAUAAGGACUGAUGUUGUUAAGAAACCAGACUGGGAAGUGGAACUGGCAGUCGUCAUCGGCAAGACUGGUACUAACAUAAAGGCGGAAGAGGCUAAAGACUAUAUCUUCGGUUAUACCAUUGCUCAAGACAUCACUGCCAGAGACUGGCAGAAGGAGAAAAAUGGUGGACAGUUCUUACUUGGGAAGUCGCAAGACACAUUCUGCCCCCUGGGUCCGUACAUACUAUCGGCUGAUGAGGUCCCAGACGCACACAAUUUGUCCAUUUGCUGCACUUUGAACGGUGUGGUGAAGCAAAGCAGCAAUACCUGCCAAUUGAUACAUACCAUACCUAAGAUUAUUGAGAGGAUUACUACUGUUAUGACUCUAUACCCGGGUGACAUAAUAUUGACCGGCACACCCGGAGGAGUGGGGGUACACCGCAACCCCCCCGAGUUCCUCAAGCCGGGGGACAAACUCGUCAGUGAGAUCGAAAGGCUGGGCACUUUAGAAGUCAAAGUUGAACAGUUUUAGACAAAACUUUGGUGUAAGACUAGUUGUUUCACUUGUGUCCUGUGGAAACUACUAACAGUACUGAGAUAAAUAGGCGUGACGACAAAAAAAAAAGAUUUUCUAAUUAGUCCGCAUUUUAGAUGUGCAAAAAAUAAUCGACACGUAUUUUUCCUUUUAACAAAGCAUUAAUUAUUCACUAAAAUAUAAGGCUACAAAGAUUGAGAGUGGGGUAUCGUGACGUCAUGUUUGUGUACAAUUUGUACUUAAAAGUGACGUAACACGAAAUUCAAUCGUUUUUAUCUCCGUUGUUAUUUGUUUGUGAGAGAAAAGAAAGAAUACGUGUACAUUAUUUUAGAUUUAUCCAAAAGACGGACUAAUUACUUUUUUUCAUUCGCCAUGCCUAUUAUAUUACAUGUGUUGUUCAUAUAUUUACACACACAAGUAUAUUUCACCCGCUUUCGUGAAAUAGGUUUUUUAACUGUGGAACAAACUCAAAAUUAGACCAGACAAUAAAGAUUAGACAGACCAAUGUUUUGGAAGUUAACAUAUGAUAUACCUUAUUUAAGUGUACUUAAUGUAAUAUGACGUUUUGUAAUAAUUCUGAAUUUGUAAAUGUAAAAUACUGAAGGCAUUUUGUACCAACUGGCUUUUUUCACAGUAAUUGUGAUAUGUAUGUCGAACUGUUUUAUAUCAAUUUAUAUGUAAGGUUUACAUGCGAUUUCUCUGAAUAUUGUUAUUUUGCUAAGGACCGAUUUUUCAAUCGUCACUUCGUCACACUUUUAUCUGACGAUUUAAAAAACGGCUCUCAAUGUACUUUUUUAUAUAUUCAUCCAUUAUAUCUUGCAAUGUUAUAUACUUGAUACUUUAUAUACUGAAUAUAUUUUUAAUAUUGUUGAAAA